UCGUAAUAUAUUUAAUAGACAUUUGUUUGGUAUCACAUUGUUUUAUAUUAUGAUUAAAUGUGUUCAAUAGUGAAGUGUUGUUAAAGAAUUUGAAAAGACGUUCAAUUUGUUAAUAAAAUGACCAAAGAAUGCAAAUAUGGUAAAUAUAUCAACAGUUCUUCGCGUUCAUUAGCCUUAGAACAGGCAUACGUUCACGACGUCUACUCCAUCAUUGCCAUCAACACAUCCCUCUGCUCUCCCGUCAGAUCCCAUGUGAAGGAGUUUCUGUUUGAAGAGUUUGAGAUCGGAAAUUGUGUACUCGAUGUCGGCUGCGGUGAUGGGAAAUAUCUGAACCUGAAGUCAGAUAUCGUAGUGAUUGGACUCGAAAGGUGUUGUGAAUGGUUUUGCAAUGAUUUGGUUAAAUGCAAGAAUAUAUACGCUGGAGAUAAACAACUGAUUACCGGCGAUGUUAUGUAUUUGCCAUUUCGGGACGACUUCUUUGAUGGUGUCCUGUGUUCUGGAGUUUUACAUCACGUCUCGACCGUUGAGAGACGUGUUAAAGCUCUGCGAGAAAUAACAAGAAUAUUGAAAAUCGGCGGCAAAAUCCUGUUGACGGUCACCAGUGGUCCGGCAGUCGGUCGGGAACUGCAAUCACAGGACGUGUUAAUAAAAUUAGAAGACUUUCCCAAUAAAUUAAAUACAAAUAUAAAUAGUAGUGAUACGGAGAGUGAGUCGAGUAGUAGUGGUUAUAAUAAUAGUAAUUAUGGCAAUACUGUGUACGAGUCGUGUAAUACUCCGAACUCAGAAUUUGGCAGUUGUUAUAGUUUUGUCCGAAAAGCUCUCCGAAAGUUUAGUUUCACCGGAAGUUUCGGGAGUUUGCAGUCGAGAAGAACGAGUGGUAAUAAGUCUCGGACUUCCAACGGGUCUUCACUUUCCAAAGAAGACUUUCCCAUAGAAUUGCGAAACAUUGAAGACCACGACUACGACGACGACGAGUCCAUUAGUGCAGCCAUUGAUAGUCCCAUCGAUUGUGAUAUCACUUCCGUAAACGAUAGCAAUAGAAGUCAUUCUAAUCUUCUCAACAGUUCUUCUCUGUUAUCAAUAAUUAAAGAACACAUCAUUUCAUUUCAAUUUCAAUUCAAAUCAAAGAACUCAAUAAACAACGAAUCAAAUAAUAAAAAUGGAUUUCCACAUAGAUUUAGUUUACCCCUCAGUUUCAAACGUAACGACAAACCCAAGAGUAACCUUAAUAUCAUUAAUCGGAUUAAUAAAAACAUCAUCAAUGAAACCAAAGAGUUGGAGACCAAAACUCAGGAAAUCAUAAAUAACUCGAAACCGAUUGCGAACAAUAAGGGAGUCAUCAGAAUAUUACAAAAAUCAUUUUCAUCGGACUCUCUGUCGUCAAGACAGGCCAGUCUUGACACUACCGGCGCUCAACUAAUUGCCUAUUACUCGAUGCCAGAACUUCACACUUUGAACGAAACACAAACCAAUGAUUUCUCCGCUCCUUCUAACCGAAUGGCUAAAAACAAACCUAAACUUCUGGAAUUACAUCCAAUCACUUUCAUCGACGACAAGACCAACCAAAACAAUCAAUGCAUUCAAACAAACAAUUCCGAGAUUAAAACUCAACCCAUUUGUGGAUCAAAGGAAGAGAACAAUGAAUACACACAACAAUUCACUGAUAAUUUAAAUAAGAGAGAAAUGGAUGAAAGUGUGGAUCCAAUUGAAGAAAAAGAAAGUUUAUUAGAAAAGGAAGAAAUGGAUGAUUGCGUUCAGGCAAACGAAUCGGUGCCACAAAUGCAAAGUAAUAACAAAUUUCCGAAGAAGUUAUUGAGGCAAAGAAGUUUCAGCGCUGACUAUCAGCCGGAAGUACCGAAAGCUCAAGCGGAUCAGCCCCGAAGAUUCUCCGCCAGUCCUAACAUAGGGUCGACUCGAGUGAACCAAAUCGCACACAAUUAUCAACAAAUCAAUAAGAGCGACACAGAGUGUCAGUCGUCAACGCCUUCCCCGCCAACAACUCUUCACCGAUAUUUUCAUGUCUUUCGGAGCGGAGAAUUAGAACAACUCAUUGAACAAAACAUACAGAAUCUUCAUGUCGUCAACUCAUACUAUAACGAAAGGGCCACCUCUUGGUGUGUUGUCGUCGAGAAAGUGCACGUCUGGACCAUUUGA